AUGGACUUUGCCUCUCUCAUGGCUAAGGAGAUAGCCAAGAAAGAACCAGAAAAGGAAAAACCCCAAAAGUACAUCUCCCGCCGCGAAGCCGAAGCCCAACGCCAAGCAGCCUACCUAGCCGAGCAAAAGGCCCUCGAAGAACAACGAGCCGCCAGAGCAGCCGCCAAACGCAAGCGCGAGGAGGAAGCCGCCGAGGAAGCCAAAGCCCGCGAGGAGAAACGCCAGAAACUCGCCGAGGAAUCCCGGCUCCGCAGAGAAGCCAAAGAAGCCGAAGAGGAACGAGCCCGAAGGAAACGUCUAGGCCUACCAGAACUCCCCCCCAAGACCGACGACGACUCCUCCGCCACCCCCAAACCCGACUCUGACGCCUCUUCCGACGACGAACAAGACCACACCGACAUCCCCGAUGAUGAACUCAAGUCCAAACUCCGAGAGCUAGGCCAGCCGGCGAUAUUGUUCGGAGAGUCCCACGUUUCAAGGUUACGUCGUUACAGAAAGGUUACCAGACCAAAGUCUCUUUCUGCAGGUCCAAUCGCUACCAAACUCCUCCCUGUCGAGGAAAAGGACAUGAAAGUACCGGACAAGAUCCCUCCAGCUACCGACAGGAAGGCAAGGAAGUACCUCUACCGCCAGUUGGCCUCUUACUUCAACAUGAUCCUCCGCGAGUGGGAAGCCGCGCUCGCAAGAGAAGACAACGCCGACACCACCGCCGGCCAGCAAGCAAUCAACGCCAUGGUGUCAUCCAAGGAAAAUAUGGCGCCGUUAUUCCGGCUUUUCGAAAAGGGGGGCCUAGACGAGAGUAUCCUGGAAGCCAUCGUGGAGAUUGUCAAGGCUGCCCAGGAAAAGAGAUACGUCGAUGCCAAUGAUGGGUAUCUACGGCUGAGCAUCGGAAAGGCCGCCUGGCCGAUUGGUGUCACCAUGGUUGGUAUCCACGAACGUAGCGCAAGAGAAAAGCUCCAUAACGGAGAGAGGGGGCAUAUCAUGGGGAGCGAGGUGACGAGAAAGUAUCUGCAGAGCAUCAAGCGGUGCUUGACGUUUGCGCAGGUGAGGUGGCCGCCCGAGGAUAUUAGGCAGUUGAUGGGGUAG